AUGCGCAAAGACUGUCUGACAAUCGAAACUGAGAAGAAUAACCAAACAAUGAGUCUUACAGAUUCAACGAAUAAUCACGAUCAAGGAAUAUGUAUAACAAAUGUAAAUGAGAAGAUCGACACAGAUGAAACAGACCAUAAAAUAAUGGCGUGUACGAUUGACAACGCUGAAGCGAGAGAGAAGGGAUUAGAACGUCAGACAGCUACGUCCAAAAUACCAAACACUGUGGAUGUAGAAACCAUUGCACAAAAUAAGUCAAAAGUUUCGCAAACAAUACAUGAGAUGGAAGGUUUAACAAUUCGACCAAAAGACCCAAUGGCAGAGGUGGUAACAGAUAGGUCACAACAACAAAAUCUGUACGAAGAGUGCGCACGUUACAGAAAUGAGUCAAGUUAUACAAGUUUGAACGAUGUCAUGGUAACCGCCGGGUUGAAGGAAAUGUACUGUGCGGUCAGCUGCAAUGAACACGACCCGUGGGCGGUAGAACCAACAGAGUCCAGGAAUAGUAUGGUCAGUUUGGUCAACGAUGGUAAUUAUGGCCAAUCCGAUACUACAGGACAAUCUGCCAAAUAUGAUAUAUUUUCGUCGUUGCCUGAACUUAAACGUCACCAACGAGCAACAAUAACGAGGCGGAAAAAGCCACGAAAACCCUUGAACGGUGGGAUGUUGUUUUCCCAAAACAGUGAACAUGUUAUCAAUCAGAAACUCGGUUAUUGUUCAAUUUCACGCUCAACGGACUAUGCACAUGCCAAUAAUGAAAUCAACAAAGAAGAAGAAGCUCCAAGCAUAGCUGUCCAGAAAGGUAAACAUAGACCAAAAAGGAAACUCUUGAAGAAAUUACAAAACAUAUCGAAAACACCGCAGGCAAGGAAUAAAAGCAAGUUACACAGCAGCGGUGUAACUACAGGUAAAGAAAAAAAGUCGGCGUCUAUCUCAGGGAAGAGUGGAAAAUGCAACCUUGAAGAUACGUGUCAAACUAAUGAACCAGAACAAUCGGGAAACAAAGACGUGAGAGGAAUAGAGACAGAUCGCCAGUGUGAUGGUUGUACAAAUGCGUUGCCAAAUUACUCAGAAACGCAGAGAUGCCCUUUUCGUAUUGACAUCUCACAAAUUCACGGCGUUCCAUCCGCCAACAAACCCGACUCGUGUAGCUAUGAGGCGGCAAUGUUCGAUCAAUACGGGGGAACCUUAAAGUUACGUGAUGUUCAACUGUACAUACCACCCGGCGCAAUACCAGAAGGCACGGAACGGCAAGUGUACAUCUGCGUGACGAACGAAGACGCACACCAGUCACGUGUAAAAAGGAACACUGUUGCAAUCGCACCGACUGUUUUCUGCGGGCCAAGUCAAAAGUUCAACGACAACGUGUUUCUGACCGUACCACACUGUGUAGGAGAACAGCGCAAGUUUGUGCCAGUAAUUACUCAGACUGACUUAAACGAAAAGACCGAUUACUUGCAGGCGGAAGACAAUGUGUUGCGGGUUUCAGACGACUCCAUCAUAUUUAUGGUUGACCAUUUCACUGGUUUUGGAGCAGAGGGGGAACCAGAUGCAAUAUACGUUUUAUUCGUCCCUUUUCUGGAACGCCGUGGACCAGAUAUGAUAUUGAGGCUAUAUGGAAUUAGACCCUACUCCUUAGAGGAAUGCGAGAAAAAGGAAAACAAGCUUGGUGGAAAACAGGCAGAUAUAGAGAGAAAAUUGCAAUUAUUCAGGGAGAAAACAGAAAAUGUUGAAGUUCGCGUAAUGAAUUUGUCACAUGACUGGAGUUUAGGUGACGAUGAUGGUGUUGAACAGAUGUCACACGACAAACUAUGGAGAAUGGAAGACUCCGCCACUUUUGUAUUGAGCAUGCGCAAUUCUGAUGGCCAGUUCCGCUGCCGCCUUCUUAUCCGACAAAUGGGACUGUGCGAAAACGCAGACACUGUGGUCAAAUUCAAUAUAUCCGAGCCUGCGCCUGGGGACAUUAAGACACCGGAAACGAAAUAUAGCAUGUAUGGUGCUAUGUUACCAGGUACACUCGUAAACGAAAUAUGCCGAAUGCUGGACAACAUUGAAGAGGACCAAAUUGUAACUGACUGGAAGACGUUCGCACACCAUGUGGGUUUAGACAUGAACAAAAUACUUCUUCUGGAGACUGGCCAAAGUACAAAGAAGAAAAGCCCCACAAAGGCAGUGUUAACAGUGUGGGUUUGUAAAAUUGGUGUAAUCACAAAGGAGCAUCUUCAGGCACUUGUUCAUUUCUUUAAAGAGAAAAACAGGAAUGACGUUGCCAUGUUGUUAAGGCGCUACAUAUUUGAUACGUAUGGGACGACUUGUGAUGUCGGCUUACGUCGAAAUGUCUCGGAAAUCGCCGACACAGCGGAGGAAUCGUGCAGCGACGAUUCAGAAUCACAGACAGCGUCUUCUAACGGUCACCUGAAAAGAGCAUCCAUACCGUGCAUUCCUAAGAAAGGCUUUGUACGACUGAGAAGUAAAUGCAAGAGAAAGCAUAAACGCAUUGAUGUAAAGAAGCAGCCAGCCUUAGAAGUGAAACAAGACGAGACGUAUAAUACAGUAACAGCUAUGAAGGAAAAUCCCGAAUCUGGUGUUUACUCGUACUGCGAAGAAGAUGUAGCAUCUGACCCGGAUGACUCACCAAGUCAACAUGUAACUGCCACAACCACCUACACAAAGCACACGGCUUUGUUGCAACACGAAUGCAACAGGGACAGCGGUGUGAUUGAAGACACGUCUCUUUGA